CACCCUCUAUCUGUCCUCCUAACACCCUAAACAUCUCUUGCUCUAUAUACCCUUCUAAUUUUAUUAGCUGAAGCCUGAAACAUCGGAUUAUUUCCUUCCUCAUUUGAUCUCCAUGACUAAGAUUAGGAAGAUCUUCACCUUUCUGCUAAGGCUGCUAGCUUUGGCUGCAACUCUGUCUGCCACCAUAGUUAUGGUCACAAGCCAUGACUCUACCAAUGUCUUGAACUUAACAUUCAAGGCCAAAUACAGCAAUUCGCCUGCUUUCAUGUACUUUGUGAUUGUGGAAGCAAUUGUAAGUGGAUACAACCUUAUGAUUCUGUUUCUUGCUUUGAAGGGUUCGCUUUGGCGCAUGGUCAUCAUUCUAGAUGUGGUAAAGAAAGCAUUUUUCUUUCAAUUUUUUGCAUUUUUAUUUUCAUAUUUCUAUGUUGUGGCUUUGUUACUUACUUCAAGCAUGUCAGCAGCCUUGGCAAUAGCUCAAGUGGGCAAGAAAGGGAACACUCAUGCUGGCUGGCUGCCCAUCUGUGGACAAGUCCACAAGUUCUGCAAUCAUGUAACAGGAGCUCUUGUUGCUGGCAUCAUUGCAGCAGCAUUAUAUUUUCUGCUAAUUCUCUACACUCUUUACACUGUUCUCAAUCCUCUGUUUGUUGUAAAACCUUAAUUUUGUUGUUUUCAUUUGAUCUUUCCCCAGUGUAAAAAAAUAAAUAAUAAUAAGUUGAAUGUAAUAUGCUCUAGUGUUCAGACCUGAAGGACUGUUUGGAUGAAUGGAAAAGUCUUUUUCAUAGUUUUCUUA